UACAGACGUCUCCUUUUCAGCAAGUUUUAUUCAAUUUUUUUUUAAAUAUAAAUAUUUUAUCGAAAGUGGUGCAGAAUUAAUGAAGUGAGAAAUAAAAACAUUACACAUCGAGCAGUGCCAUCGUUACAGGGUUAUUUUUUUCUACAUCAAACAAAAGUUAGUUUUUGGCAAGAAGGCUUUUUUCAGUGUGGUUGUGAAAGUAGAUGCAAAUUAAUUUUAAUUUAUUAGUUUACUGUCCUUAAAAUUCUCUCUGACCAUAAGACACCGUGUAUUAUAUGAAUGUGAUUUUCAUUUACUGGGUACGUCUCAUUCAAACGUAUGAUGUGACUAUGUCAUGUGUGAUAUCAUGUCAUUUGUAGUUUAUUGUGAUGAAAAAGUUGACAAAAUCUAUGCCACGCAUCAACAGUUCUACCCGAACAGGUUCUAGUGAGUUCAUUUUGUUUUUGGUGGCACUGAUCGUGCCUCGGAAUUGGGCGUCGCCUUACGGGAACGAGGAUGAACCAUUUCAUAGAAACGUGGAUGGGAGGGGAAACGAGUUCGAGCCAACCGCGGAGUAUAAUGAGGAAACUUACCCCAUUCGACACCCCCGCACACAAGCAACGAUCCGGGCGGAUCUAAUACGGAAUGAAAUUAUUCCGGAAUUUUUUCUCAUUCCCCCGAGAUACGAGGCUUUUAUAACUUACUACGAUGGCAUCGAACCAAAUAUGGGAAAUACUUUAAAACCGCAACAAGUUCGAUUGGCUCCUCACACAGUUACCUACAAAUUUAAACCCGAUACUUACUACUGUAUUGUCAUGACAGGUCUCGACGAGCCAUCCAAAGCAACGCCAACCAAGAGAGAAUUUCUUCAUUGGAUCGUUGGGAACAUUCUAGCUGAUAGUCUGCUGGCCGGAGAUCAUUUAGCUGAGUAUUAUCCAGUAUUACCGAAGAAUGACACCGGCUCUCAUCGAUAUCUUUUUCUCGUUUAUGAACAAAAAGGAAUAAUUGACUUUAAGGAGCCUCCGCUCACUAACAGAAAUUCUUGGGGCCGCGCGAAUUGGUCAAACCGGAAAUUUGCUGAAAAGUACAAGCUAGGCGAGCCGCACGCAGUUAAUUUCUUCUACAGUGAAUUUGUUGACUUAACCCCCACUACAACCCCUGAAGAUCACCGGUCGACCAAAAUAUACACAGCUCCCACAAAUGAACCGAUUUAAGGGAGUUUACGGGGAGAACUGAUGAUAUACAUAAUUCGUGGUCUGCACAGUUAGGAAGAUACGUACCAUUUAUCAUUAAGUGAUUAUACUUGCUGACAAGACAUCAAUUUUGUUUCUAGAAUGAAUCUACUAAAAGGCAUUUUUUGAACCUAAAA